GGUAACCAUGCGUCCAGUGCCGGGCAGCAGUCUACAUCAGCGUGUUCCAAACUUUCUUUGUUUUCCAAUAAAAAAGCGAUUUUGAUUUUUUUAUAUGUUUUUUUCUGGAAAUAAUGCGAGGGGUCGCUUGGCCUGCUGGAGAAACCUGCUGUCUCUUACCAGAAAAAAAAAGAAGGGGAGGAAGCUCUUCGGUUAGUUGUAAUGCUUCGUUUCGACAUCGAUCCAAAUUCUUGCAAAACAAUAGAUCGGAGAAAGGAGAAAUCCAAAGGAAUCGAAGGAAGGAGAUAAAAGAGAAGGAAGAAAAGAUAGAGACGGAUCAAGAGAGAGAAGGAGAAUGGGGAGCUACAAGUACUGCUUGUGUUUCACGAGGAAGUUCCGGUGGGUGGAGGCGCAGCCGCCGGCGGAUGUGAAGGAGGCGUUCGCGGCGUACGCGGAGGGUGGGUCCCACAUGAACGCAGAGCAGCUCCGGCGAUUCCUCGCCGACGUCCAGGGCGACGCCGGCGCCACCGCCGCCGACGCCGACCGGGUCAUGGAGCAGGUCCAUCAGCUCCGCCACCGCCAGAGUCUCGGAAAGCUAUCCAAGCCCCUCCUCGCCCUUGAAGACUUCCACCACUUCCUCUUCUCCGGGGACCUUAACCCUCCCCUCCGAUCCCAGGUUCAUCAAGAUAUGACUUCUCCAUUGUCCCAUUAUUCCAUAUAUACAGGCCAUAAUUCAUAUUUGACCGGGAACCAGCUCAGCAGUGAUUGCAGUGAUGUUCCUAUUAUAAAAGCAUUGGAGAGAGGUGUUCGAGUGAUUGAACUGGAUAUCUGGCCAAAUUCUACAAAAGAUGAUGUUAAUGUUCUCCAUGGGAGGACAUUGACCACUCCAGUGGAACUUAUCAAAUGUUUGAGGUCCAUCAAAGAAUAUGCCUUUGUUGCAUCUCCAUAUCCUGUGAUCAUAACUCUAGAAGAUCACCUGUCUCCUGAUCUCCAGGCUAAAGUAGCUGAGAUGGUUACACAAACAUUUGGAGACUUGCUAUAUUACCCUGACAAGGAUUCUAUUGAAGAAUUCCCUUCACCAGAAUCUCUGAAGAGAAGAAUUAUUCUUUCAACCAAACCACCAAAAGAGUACCUUGAAGCGAAGGAUGAUAAGGACAAGGAUGGUAUGCCUAAGAAUGGGAAGGUUUCAAAUGAAGAAGAAGCAUGGGGAAAGGAGGUUCCUGAUCUUCAAGAUGAGCUCGAAUCUGAUGAUAAUCAGAAUGAGAAUGAUCAGACUGAAGAUGAGGAAGAAAAUGACGAUGAUGACCGCAAAGUGCACCAAAAUUCACCACCUGAGUACAAGCAUCUGAUCACCAUCAGGGCUGGAAAACCUAAGGGUCAUUUAAGUGACUCACUAAAAGUGGAUCCAGAUAUAGUUAGACGUCUUAGUUUGAGCGAACAAGAACUUGCAAAGGCAGCAAUAUCUCAUGGGGCUGAUAUAGUGAGGUUUACUCAGAAAAAUCUACUCAGGAUAUACCCAAAGGGUACACGCUUUAAUUCUUCUAACUACAAUCCAUUUGUUGGUUGGAUGCAUGGUGCUCAGAUGGUUGCAUUUAAUAUGCAGGGAAAUGGAAGAUCAUUAUGGUUGAUGCAUGGAUUUUAUAAAGCCAAUGGAGGUUGUGGUUAUGUAAAGAAACCCGACUUCUUGCUGAAGACUGGUCCAAAAAAUGAGGUUUUCGAUCAUAAAGCAAAUUUACGAGUGAAGAGAACCUUGAAGGUCAAAGUGUACAUGGGAGAUGGUUGGCGCAUGGACUUCAGUCAGACCCAUUUUGACACAUAUUCCCCUCCAGACUUCUAUACAAGGGUAGGCAUAGCUGGGGUUCCAAGAGACAGUGUAAUGAAGAAAACAAGGGCAAUAGAGGACGAUUGGACACCAGUCUGGAAUGAGGAGUUUACUUUCCCAUUGACUGUGCCUGAACUGGCUUUGCUUCGAAUUGAAGUGCAUGAGUAUGAUAUGUCUGAGAAGGAUGACUUUGGUGGGCAGACCUGCUUGCCAGUAUCAGAGUUGAGACCAGGGAUCCGAGCUGUCCCUCUUUUCGACCGCAAGGGAAUGAAGUUUAAGUCUGUAAAGCUGCUCAUGCGAUUUGAGUUUGUUUGAUGUUGCUGUUGAAUGUGUGGUAUCUGGCUUCGUCCUUGAGCGGCCUUUGCAUUGUAUAGCAUACUAUUUUGCAGAUGGAUUCUAUAGUCAACGUAAACAUAAAAUCCUGUUAUCAUGUUGGUGUGGAAUCCUUCUAUCAUUGUUGUGCUUAUAGCCGAUUUCUACGAAAAGUUUGUGA